AAAUAAAAAUGAGCCCUAGAAUCAAUGGUGUUUUUCAAAAUCCAUGACACUUGAUAAUUUUGAACUCAUAGGAGAUUUUUUUUUCUUUUCUCUCCGAGUUAAGACGGAAACUCAGGAAGAAGCGUGCUGUGCAAGCCAAAGUGUUUUUGAGUGAGCAGCGUCUCUACAACCACCCCGGGCCCCUCCUCCACCUCCUUCCCCAUCGGUUCGAUCGAAUAAUCUGCAAAAUUGUUUUGAUCAUAUCUCCCAAUAGCACCAAAUAAAACAGACGCUUCACGUUUUUGCUACAGAGUCGAAGAGUUUUUUUUUUUUUUUUUGGUUUUAUUGUUGAAUGGGAAUAUUAUAGAGGUGAUGAGGAAGUUUUUUAAAGAUUCACUCAAAGCACUUGAAGCUGAUAUUCAGCAUGCUAAUACUCUGGCUUCGGAUUAUCCAAGAGAAUAUGAUGGUGCUAACCUUCAGAUGAGACUAUCGUACAGUCCCUGUGCUCAUAUAUUUCUGUUUCUUGUUCAGUGGACUGACUGUCACUUUGCUGGUGCUCUAGGAUUGCUUAGGAUCCUUAUUUAUAAGGCUUAUGAGGAUGGUAAGACAAGCAUGUACAUUCAUGAGAGAAAAGCUAGUAUAAAACAGUUCUAUGGUGUGAUAUUUCCCUCUUUGUUGCAACUUCAAAGGGGAAUCACUGACAUUGAUGAUAGCAAGCAACGAGAGUUAUGCGCAACCAAAUACAGAAGAGGUGAUGAGACGAGCAAAGGUAAGCUGUCUGAAAUUGAAAUAGAGAGGGAGGAGGAAUGUGGUAUCUGCAUGGAGAUGGAUACAAAGGUUGUCUUGCCCUCUUGCAAUCACUCUUUAUGCAUGAAGUGUUAUAGAAAUUGGCGUAGCCGAUCUCAGUCAUGUCCUUUCUGUCGAGAUACUCUCAAAAGGGUGGAUUCCAGAGAGCUUUGGAUAUACACCAACAUAUGUGACAUCAAAGACUUGUCCACAAUAACAAGGGAAAAUAUGAAGAGGCUUCUCAUGUACAUUGAAAAAUUGCCUGUCGUCUAUCCAGAUCCAGCACUAGUCUCUUAUCAUCCUCGUUAUUGAUAAAUAAUACUAUAGGUUAGGUAGGUUGUACAUACCAGGCAUUCUGUUUGUGUAUACAUUUUUUCGAACAGUCACAUAUGUACAGUUUUCUGGUCAUUACCAGCAAGUCUUGAUAUGUUUGAUUGCACCUCAUUUUUCACAUUCUUAAAGAGGCAUUUCAUUCA